AUGCUGCAGAGCGGCCGGUGUGCUGCUGCUCAGUGCUGACACCGGACACCUGUGCGGGGGACUCUGCGGAGAGGACGGUACACGAGCCCGGGCUGCUGCCGGUGCCGACAGCUCCAGAGACACACGGACUGAUACUUUAACGGAUUCUUCCUGAAUAAGAAUUGUUCCACCUACAACAGAUCAGUUCAAGGUUUCCAGAAAAUAAAGAUGUAACUACCAGUCUGUGGAUCAGAGGAAGAAUUUGUAAAAUGAAGAUGUGACCUGCCGAACCAGGAAUGAUAUUGGACAUACAGUAUACCUCAUUCUCAAGCAUCGACUCCAGCUCUACCAAUGAGGACUUGCUGUGAUUACUUACCCGGUCGCUGACGAUGGCCCCGAUCUUACAGAGACUAGCUGGAGGCUGGGAGCUCAGCAGUGAGCAAGUGCUCCUCAUAUCCUAUGGCGGUGUAGCCGUUGUAUCCACAUUGGUCAUAAUCGCUGUCCUCGUCUUCUUCUGCUCUAGCUGUGACAGAGGGAAGAAGAAGAAACAUCAAAAUGGUGACCAUGAAAACCUGAUGAAUGCGCCUUCUGACAAGGAGACACACAGCCACUCUGUGACAAGCCUAGGAACCGAAGCGCCGGCCAGUAGUUACCGGAAUGGUGCUGUCAGCACUGGUGAUGUCUCAGAAGACAGUGCCGCUACCUGUGUUCCCGGAUACGAAGAUGUGCAGAGCUCUCUCCCUGACCUGUGUGAUCCUCAGGACUUCACUGGAAAGUCUAUGAGAUGCCCUCAGGCCAGAGAGUUGCCUCAGAUCCCUCCAGAGAAUAACUUGGAAUCUGGAAAUCUUGAAGAAGACGUGCCUCUGUAUAGUGAGGGCCCCUAUGAGGUACUAAAAGACAGUUCUUCCCAUGACAACAUCAUUGAGGACUCUCUCUAUGAGACUGUAAAAGAACUGAAGGAUAUCAGCUCAUCGGCCAGCUCAGAGGAAAAGAGUCUCACCAUGAAUAUGCAGCAUCUAGCAAAUGCAGAGUCUAAAAUGGAGGUGGUCGUUGAGUACGCCUCUGUGGACCAUAAUAGAAAGAGCCGUCAUAGUAUUAACACUCAGAGUACAGGAAGCACUCCGACCUAUCAAGAUGAUGACAUCCCCCCGCCACUUCCAAAAAAACUGUUGGACGAAAACGAGAAUGUGCAGAGUAAAGAAACGGAGGAAGAAAAGCAGGAGCCAGAAGGAGGGGCAAGCACAGAUUGCAAGAGACAGAGUUGUAUAUCCUACAAAUCUCGGGAGGAAGACCCCUGCCUGACUGAAGACGAUAUUUCUGCCAUGUAUUCAAGAGUUUCUAGAACUGGACAAUCCCUGAGACUUCAGGAAGACCUCUCCCAUUAUUCCUACAUCCAAGACGUUGAGAUCUCACCAACGGCCUGUAAUGGUACAUAUGCGACGGUCAGGGAUAUUGAUAAAAGCCCCAACCUCAUUGGCUUACCAGCUGCAAUGGACACGGUAAACGGUGGGCCCGACCCUGAAUAUGAGGCCAUUGCAGCAUUAAGUCAUGAAGAAGACAGGACUAUUACUUUCUCUCAGUCUUGUCAGGGGGUUCUCCAGCAUGGUGAGAGUGACUAUGAAAGUAUUGGGGACCUGCAACAAAAUGGAGACUACACUAGACUUUGAGGAAUGCGAAAAUAAAUGUAUUGGGUUUUUCGCUAAUAGAGCACAAUCCUUUCAAUGGGUGAUGAUCAUAUAUCCUACCUAGUAGUGGACUGACAUCAGAGAGAAAGCACACGUUUGCAUACAAAGACAAAGUCUCCCUGCUGCAUGCAGACAUUUGCAUAUUUUUUUAUUGUGCCAUUUAUUUUAUUUUUUUAAUGUUGGAAAUUUGCCAAAAAAGCUGGAUGACCCUGCACUCGAAAAAUUUCUACGGUACUCCUGUAUCCUAUCCUUUAUAGCAGGGCAAAGAACCAACUUCAAAAUCAGCAAUUUUUACUUGUGUGUAUCUUAAUUUAACUUGACAUUUUUAUAUUGUUGAAAUGUUGUUCUGAGCCUGUGCAUUGUAUGAUAUUGAUGACCCGUUUCAUAGGUUUUACAUGUGUUUUGUGUCACUCAGUAUUUCCAUAAUUCUAUUUAAUUUCUGCCUAGAAGGAGGUUUUCUGAGCGAUGGAGUCUGACUACGGAUGUAUGGGGUCCAGUGCACUUACCUGCCUUCAUGUCUGUCAUUGCUGUGGAUAUGUAUGUGCAGGCAGAUAACUUCUUAGAAUGGGGGUUUAGGGGCCCAUGUAAUUGAUCGGGGUCUCAGAGGUCAGAUCCCCAUCGAUUCCACUGUUCACAUCUAAUUAACGCGUUAUCACUGUGUCUGUUAAAGCCUGUAUUACACUGCGCAAUUUUUUACCAGAUGAUUGCUAACGAGCGUUCGUAGUAACGCUUGUUAGCGAUCAUCUUGCAGUGUAAUACUGACGUCGAUCCAGG